AUAUAUUGACUACCUGAGAAUGAACACAAAAUUGUAUUUGAUUAAGGAGUUUAAGAUUUUCGGCAAAUGGGUUCUCUAAUGGCAGGUUGGGACUCACAAGUCCCUGAUCCUAGAACUGCGGAAAUCCAGAGGAACCAGUCAUUGACAAAUGAGGGGAUUGAGGCUUACUGGAGGUCAAAAAAGAAAGUUGAGGAAGAACAUCUCAGAGCUAUUUCUGAUCUACUAAUGAAGAGCAGUCAGGAAAGCAUAAUCAUGGAGUCUGAAAGAAAGAGAUCGAGCUCUCUGCCUUUGUCCAAUACAAAGGAGAGUCAGCGGGAAAUGGAAACUGAUCAGACAAACUUGGAGAAACUAAUAAACAAAAAUGGAUGGUGGACUAGAAGCAGCUCUGCAUUUUUGAAUGAACCUCCUGUAAUUGCAGCAGAAAGCCCUACUAACAAGUAUGCAUCACAGUACCAUGUAGCAGCUGGCAUUGCCACCUCCAAGCCAUCCUCCAUCACUGGAAUUAUUAGCUGAUAUAUAUAUAUAUAUAUAUAUACAUAUAUAUAUAAAUAGGGUUCUGUUUUAUAUAUUAUAUAUCUAUGUAUACUGCAUAUAACAGAAUUGUGCUUUGCUAGCAUGUACAUACAGUACAUGCAGUACCUAAAUGUUUAUUAGAAAGAUUAUAACAUAGGAUUGGCAUUAUUAAUUUAUGGAUUCACAAUUUCA